CGAGAACGGGUUCAGUGAAUGGAGAGUUCAGUUCAAUUUAGGCACCGGUAGAAAUUGACUCUUAAGUGUAUUUAUCUUCUAGCAUUCCAACGAGCUGAAUUUUAUGGAGAUAUGUGGAGUUUUAAAUGGAUAUGUUACCCAGCACUAUCCACUAUAAAAAUAAAUAAAUAAAUAAAAACUCAAGCUGCGGUUCUGUUUCCAGUUUGACAUGAAGGUUCCGGUUUCCAUUUUCUCCAAACGACCGACUCGUUCAGGCAUCGCGCAUCAAACUCAGCGGCUACAGUCGGCGCUGCUGGAGACCGACACCGAGUGGUGAGGUGAGCGGCCAGCCAGCCAGCCUCGUUCAGCUCCUAUUUGCUAUGGAUGCCUGUGCCCGUAUUAGAGGAGUCCCAAUGAGGUCCAGGGCAUCGGUCCGGAAAGAGACUGUGCGUGACACUGGGGCGCAGUCAGUGAAGAGCCUCUUUAGGAAUAAAAAGGAACUCUGCUGUGUUGGCCUGGAGCUUCCAACCAGAGAUGCUGCAAGACUGACAGAGAUUCAUUUUGUGUGUCUGCCCGGUCAGUGUGAAGGAGAAGAUGUCACCCAGCAGGCACUGUCAUCUCUGCCAGGGGGACUGUGUGAGCUUCUUCGGUCCCUCCAUGUCCACAGCCUCAAGAACGAUGAAGUCCUGCUGCUCAAAGACUCUCGCAGACUGGCAGAGCACAUUGACACCAGGCCUCAGUGUUGGUUGAAGACUGUGUGCGUGCUGAGGCAUAAUCCCAUCAUGAGCUUUUACCCCCAGGCCAGUGUAGCGUCCUUGGUGGGCUUGUUGGGGUGCUACAUGGCAGGGGUCCGCUACACACUAGAGCUUCAGGCUCUUCAGAGAGGCAUAGCUGAACCCAACCAGCCAGAGGAAGACGACACCAACCAGUCCGUCUCAUCAAUCGAGGAUGACUUUGUCACAGCCCUGGAGCAUUUGGAAGAGGACGACACGGGAGGCAAUCUCUCUAUGUAUUGCCAUUUUAAAAAGCGUGACGUGGCAUCCCAGACAGUUCCUGCCCACAAGAGAAGAAAGGAAUUAUCAGGCUCCCGUGUCUUCAUAAGUUCAUCAUCUUCAAAGAAGUGUUCAGCCAAACAUAGGUCAGGUCCAGAUGUUUCUGUCACAGUGCAGAGGUCAUCAGGUGUGGAGUCCCAGUGGACUUACUGCAGUCCUGGUAUUCGUCUCCCGUCACCUUUGAUUCAAGUCAGUGAGUCUGAAGACUCAGAUUGUUCCAGCCCCAGCCCAAUAAUUUUUCUGGAUGAAGUGGGCUACCAGAAGAGCCUGCUAGCCAAACUGGACAUCCCCCAGGUGCCAGGGGGGCCCAGAGAGCGGGUUGAAGACUCGGACUCGGAGGUCAGCGAAUUCUUUGACAGUUUUGACCAGUUUGAUGACCUGGAUGAACUUAGCUCAGAGAGCUGCACUCUCACACUGCCUCUGGACGCCAUCAAUGCCCCAACCACACAAAAAAUGUCCGCUGAAUCUGGCGCCAGUGGGUCAGCGUCCAAAUACAUUUCUAGGGGCUGCUCAACCAAGGGUAUGAAUCCUCACCGUUUUGACCACCCCACUCUCCCAGCCAAUGUGAAAAAACCCACUCCCCUGAAACCAGGAUCUCCUUACUCUGUUAACUCUGAGGUGCCUGACUCCCCUCGACUGGUGCAGACUCCCUCUGAUGAGAAUGGAGGCCCUCUCUUCAGUCCUGUUAGCUCGUCUGCUUUUAGUCCUCUAGUGGACUCUAGUGGACAGCUAGAAUACUUCUGGAAGACGGAUGAGGAUGAACAAGAAAGUUCAGAACUACGUAAACCCCAGGAUCUCUGCUCUCUGUAUAAGACGUACUCAGACUUUGCCAGCAGUCUUUCCAAAGAAAUUCUGGAGUCGGUGUGUGGUUACCAGUCUGCUGUUGACAUCAGUGACAACAAGAACCUGAGCUGUGUCUGCCACAAGGAAUUUAAGAACCCUUCAGGCUACCUAAUGAAGCUCUCAGAAAUCCAAGAGACUGUCACAGUGGCCAAGCUGCAGAAGACAUCCCAGUCUUUGAAGGAUGGUAUUCAGAGGUUUGCCAGCGAUCUGGUGGAAAUGAGUUUGGGCAGUGCCUUGCGAGACCUCCAAAAAGGAGUUUCUUCUUGUACCACCACUUUGUGUCACCUAGCUGCCAGACUUACCUCCUCAGUGUUUCAGAUGGCCUUCCAUGAGAUUGGCAUGCGACACGCCUAUGUGUUAAAGGAACGAGCAAUCAAUGGAUUAGCUGGCUUCCUGGUUGGGGAGGCUGUUUCUGGGGCACUGAAAGAGUUCCUGACAGUGAAGAAGCAGAUUUUCCACAGCACAGUGACACGUUUUGCUGCUGAUCUGGCCGAAGAGCUUGUGUUUGAAGGAAUAAUGGAAGUGUGUCAGUUCUCCCACCCCUCAACUCCUCUCACACCUAGUGAUUGGUCUUUUGGCCAUGGACAAGAACAGGAGGAAGAGGAGGAGGUGGUUUCCUCCUACGCUUCUGACUUGUCUGAGUCUGUAAUCCAGGAGGCCUUCAUUGAGCUUUCUCAGGCUGAUGUUGCCUUCACUAGCCAGGCAGCUAUUAGUGUGUCUCUGGACAACAUUUGUUAUGUCAGUGCAGAGAACUCUAGCACUCGCACCUGUAGUACCUUUGCUAACCAGCAGGUUUUAAGUACCAGUUCCACUGCGGCAGUCACAGGGCCUUCAAAAGAGGAUGCAUCCUGCACCAUGAAGAAAGCCUUGUUCACUGUAUCGGGCAUGGCCAGCUGUAUUCCUGUGCCCCAGGCAGGUCAAGCCCUCUCCCUUGUCCAGGAUCCUGAGGAUUCCUGUCAGCACAAGUCUAGCUUGUCAGAUACCCCACAGGCCAGCCCCAAAAAAGUACCUGUAAUAUCCUCUGACAACACCACAUCUACACAAACUCCAUUCCAAAACUUCUCUGGCAACAUGGUGGAUAUGAUAGUAACUGAGGCUUGUGAGCUAAUAACCACCUCCAAGAUGAAAAAGAGUUUUGGUGACUGUGCAGAUUUCUUGACAAAGACAAUCGGAAGUCGAAGGGACUCGAAGCAGGAGACAAUUGAUGAGGAGACCCCAGAGUCCACUUCAAAUCUUGGAGCUGGCAGGGAGAGUUUCAAGCAUGACUGUAGAGAUUUUGGGAGUGUCAGGCACGGAGGCCCUGUUGAGCAAACAACAGGCCUUCACAUUCCUCCCAUUUCCUUUCAAACAACCUCUGAAAGCCAGGGGAAAAUCCACUGUGAGCUAGAUCCCAGGACCAGAGGUGUGGCUGAAACACAUCCUGUGAUAAUGGAUACUCUUGAUGUUCCGGGUGCCGAGACGGGUGGACACAGAAGGUUAUCUGUGGAUGACUCUGCACCAAGCUCUGGCCAAAAAUCUGGUGGGACUCCUGGUACUCCUCCUUCCACCCCUCAGCAGCCCAGUGAAGUAUCCAAGGAGAAACAGAUAAAACAGUUUUCCAAGAAGCUGAAGAGCAAACUUGCUAAGGAAUUUUCCCCUGCAACACCACCUCCAACCCCUCACUAUCAGCCUGAGCCUGGUCCAGGGCCAAAAGACACCGUCCCCGAGGCAGACAAGGCAGAGUUUAUGCUCAAACUGAUGAGGUCUCUCUCCGAGGAGGCAGAUGGUAAUGAGGAUGAAGAGGAGGAACCAGAGGUAGACGAAGGCAGCACGGGUGGCACCAACAAAUAUUCGGAGAUAGAGAGUGGCCGGCUUGACCUGAACCAGACAUCCUCUCGAAGAAUGUCCAACAAGGAAGCUCUCCACUAUGCUGAGAGACUGGCAUGUCACAUAGUCUCCAUGGCAACGGAGAUGGACACCCUGGUAGUGGCUGAGGAGGAAGGGGAGAUGAGCAAGGCCACCGAGAGAAAGCAGGACAGUGUGGCUCAGUUCUCGGAGCAGACCCUGAACACCUUGUGGGUGUACGCAGGCGAGGUGGCGGGAGAGGUCAUCAAUGAUGUGAAGAGGAUGGUGAGCUCUGGACAGCAGUGUCCGUAUCACAGAGCUUUCGGAAGAAGAAGCUUGGAAAGAUCUAGUUCUGAAUGUUUGCAUCACUACCACCGGCACCGGUCUCAACCCAGUGUAGAGCAGAACAGAGACUUGAGGUUAGGGAGGCUGGCUGAGCAAUGGUCUAAUGACCUGACAGCCUCAGUUUCCCAGCCAUCCACCUCCACUUCAAGCUCCAGCUCUGGUCUGUCCUCUGAGUAUCCCAGCUGUGAAAGUGUGACAGAUGAAUAUGCUGGCUACCUCAUCAGGGUGCUGAAAAAGGAGGGAGGCAGCAGGGAGUUGGUGCUAGACCAGUAUGCAAGCCGCUUGGCUUAUCGCUCCAUCAAACUAGGCUUGGCUCACGCCAGUCGCAAAAUCAAGCAAAGAUCCUCUGUCACCCGCCUCCGCUCCUCUAAGUCACUGCCAGAUGAAUGGAAAGCUUCUAGUAGUGAGGCCUCAUCGCCUAAGGAUAGAUUGGAGUCGAUGAUUUCUCAGUCAGGCGAUGAUUCUCAGUGUUGCUGCAGGGACUCUGAAGAGCAGAGUAAGAGGGACUACAUGGACUUGGUCAACUUUGCAGAAUCUUUAGCUUACAACAUCACAUGCGAUGUCACACGCAAGCUACGUCUUUCCUCCAUGCGACUGCCUAAGUCUCUCACUGAUUCCUGUCUUUAUAAGAAAUCCAAACUCGACAUGGCAGACAAUCUCAUCAGGAACUCCUUUUCCUGCCCCUUGUUGUCCAAAGAGGGUAAAAACAGACAUCACCACAGUACAGGAAGCCUGUAUGAUGGCGGCUACAGCAGCAGGGCCAUGCAGGUCAUUGAGCAUUAUGCCAGGAAAAUAGUGGACGACACACUGAAGAUGAGCCUGACUUCUGUUGGACAUUCGUCCCAAGAGCUCCAGAGGACCCAAGACCAUGACAAACUCUCCCACACCCAGAGGUUGUCUGAGGAGCCAACACUGAUCCGGGCCCUGGGGGAGAGGACAUGCCGUUAUUGUCAGGUCCAGGAGUGUCCAUACUGCACCAAACUGAGCAGGCAUCACUACCACUCUGUACUACAGAGAAGGAGAGGUGGACCACAGUGCCAGGACAGGGCUGAGCGUCUUUCAGGUCUGGAGAUUCCCAAGAUCCACAUCGACCUCGACCACAGGGCAGCAUUUGCGGAGGAGAUGGUAUCCAUGGCGAUGGAGACAGCUAAACGUGAACUGAGUAACACCAGCCUCAACGCUGACAGUGGCAUCGGCCACGACGGUACCAGCUACGCUGAGAGCUUAACUGCUGAGAUUAUGACAUCAGCCCUGUCCAACGUCUGCCAGGCUGCCAACUUCAGUUCUCCAGGUCAGGAACCCACUGAGUCCACUGUGUCCCAGCAGCUGAGCGUAGGAGAUGACAGUCUGGGGAGCUGGUCUAACCUAAGCUUUGAAGAUGAACAUCCAGACGACAACAGCAGCUUUCUCCACCUCAGUGACAGCAGCAAUGGGAAUAGCAGUAGCUGGAGCAGUCUGGGCCUGGAGGGGGAGGUGUGUGAGGAGCAUAUGUCGUUCUCCCCCUCUGACAGCGACAAUAUAGAGGACAAGGAGACUGAGGUCAAGGAGGAAUCCAGUGGAACACUCUGCGUGGACAGGACUCUGACAGUACAGACUCCCAGGACCACCCUGGCCAUAGUGAACUCUGACGUGAGGGAGGCCGGGCGUGGCCCUCAACACGUUGCUAUCGACCCCCAGCUCAGGUCCAUGCUGCAGUGGGUGGCCGCCUCCAUGGCCGACAUCCCACACAUCCAGCUGAGUCCCGACCGAGAACUGCAGCAGCUGCCAGUGGUUGUCCAAAGGCUCCGGGAGCGAAGGUGGAGGGCGGGAGAACUGCUGCACAACCUGCUGCGUUACUGCGAAGAGAGCCAGCCCAGAGAGGAGGUGCUGCAGGCCGGCAGAGAGCCGCACCGCGUCCCACUCUUCCAGUGGCUACUGGAGCACACCUAACACAAUCCCCUCUCUUUCUCUCCUCAUUCCUUCCCCUCCUCAUCAUCAAUCAUCAAUUCCAUCAGACAGGGCUUUGCAACUUCCAUAGCCAUCCCCCUCUAGAGGGUGCCAUGCAAAUCAAAUUAUCGAACUCAUGAAUGUGGGCAGCGUGUUUUUUCUUUUUGCGUUGCAUACAGUGACCAGAUUCUGUUUCUGUUUCUGUUCUUUUUUUCACGCAUCUUUUCUUGUCUGGCUGCUCGUGUCACAUGAAUUGAUUUAGUUCACCUAAGGCCACUGUAGGGCUUGAGCUAGAAGAAGAAAAGGAGAGUAGACAGGAAGAGAGAGAGAGAGAGAGAGAGAAUGAGAGAAACCCCCACCUCGUGACAUGUUUCCAGACAGGAGAGCGCUGAUCGAGAGAAUGUGUUUUCUUUUAGGGAAUCCCCACAGCGGCUGGUGAAUGAUGUCAUCAUGCCCACAGCUCACCUCUGUGGUGGUGUUUCCACAUGUUCAGAGACCAGCUGUGUGCACACACACAUCACACCACACCCUCAUAUUACCAGAUGCACCAACACACACACCCCACCCCCACCCUCCUGUAGUAUUCUGUUGUAUUAAUGCGCUCUGAAUGACUGUGGUCUGCUUCGGUGAGUGUUUCUUUCUCUGGAGCUCAUGUAAGUGUUUUUUGUCGAUAUGCUGCCAUACAUGGAGACUGUAAAGUAUGAAUUUAUGAAACCAGGAUCUUUUGCAACUGUACGUGGCCUCAGAAUGAUGAAAUGAAGGUUGAGAGUUCUGGUUUCUUCUGUAACACUGCUUGCCAAGCAACAAUCUCCUCAGUUGUCAAACUUAGUAAAAAAUAUAUUUAAAGGGGAUGAUGUUUACUCAAGCAAUCGCUAUUUAAAAGACAAAGUAUGUAUAUUUUUUUGAAGUAUGAAAUGCUGCUCGAAAGUUUCAAAAACGUUGCUGCCAGAUGUAGCUUGGCCACAAGCGUCCGUCCUGUCCCAGUCACCGUGAGAUAGCGCCAGUCAUCUGUUUUGGGGGGGGGGGGGGGGCGUCCAGUUUCGGGGAAGAUCCAGUGACGCAGACAGCGGAUCUUCUCCUAAUUAAAGACACCGGUCAGGUCUGCACUUCCGAAACCACAAACUAGCAGCAUAGCUCCAGCCUGGACUCACACAUUCUGUCACCCACGCUCCACAGUCACCUUGUGGAAUCAAGGAUACCACAACCUCCACAACUAGCAGCAGCACACACCCGCAUUACUCAGCAGCCCCCAUGAGAACGUCCACACGUACUAACAGCUACUUGCUGAGAAGCACUUUUAUUUCUUUUCUUUUAUAAUUUUGGCAUUUCCAGCGCUGUCCUCAAACCUCUGCGGUCUCCUCUUUUACUCCCAGCUUGGAUGGUCAGCUAAUGACGGGUUCUCAGAUGUCCUAAAAACAAGCAGAAAGAAGGGAAACUGGACUUGUCGGGUUUCUUGAAGACGUCCGUCCUCAUCUCAUCCUCCAUCCUCCAAUUACAGGUGAGUAUCACCACAACAUACUUGGAUGAGUGGUGAAUCUUCAGGAAAAACGUUCCCCGUGUAUUUUUACUUCGUGACACCCAGAUAUCCCAAAAUCAGAUGUUACUCCAGUGAGAUGUUCCUGUUUAAACUCACCUCGCCUCAGCAGUCUCCGAGAACUGAAGACUUGGAUAAAUUUUUUCAAAAAAAAAAAAACCCUGCGAGUCCAGUUCUCCUUGUUUCUUGGAGAGUAUAUGAUGCUAUUAAUUUAACUAAAGGAUCCAAUGACCACACCUUGUAAAUGUAUUUCCUGUGCCUACCUGUGAAGGUGUCUCCCCAUUCAUCUCCUUUCUUUUCCUUCUUGCGUCCUCUUGUGUGACCCCCCACCAUUGACACUCAGCUAAUGCACACAAUCCCUCUCCAAGCAAAUAUUAUUGGGAUACGCUUGGAUGCAUUCAUUAUUUAUUGCUGCUUAUUUUUUUAUUAUUUUUUUACGAGCGGGGACCGAAGGAUGAUGAAAUGCUGCCAGGUCCUCAAGUCCAAAACACUGUAAUAAACCACCAGCUCACAUGUCUGAUUAUAAUACACUAAGUGUUGUUGGUGGCCUGCAUGAAGCUCCACAUUCAUUUUCUUCUUCUACACUAAUUGAGCCGCAGUGAUCGUCUGUGUCCACAUUGCCUCACGUCAGGCUGCAGGCCUCUUCUGACACCUUAUUAGUUAAGCUUCCUCUCUGGGCUGCCAAACAGACUGGAUUUGUUUACACACAGAAAUGACUAUAUUUAAGAAAAAAAAAAUCCAAAGUGUAACCCAAGUUAUUAAAACUGAGAGCAAAAGUGAAGAAACAGUGAAGUAUUAACCUGAGAGCGUGCGUAUUUAUCGGUUUACAUUAGAGGAAUGUAUCCACACCGUGUACAGAAUCUCUCCAGUCUCAAUGUUCAGUUAAAGCUUGUUCUUCUACUAUUAUUAUCUUUCUUUUGACAUUCCUGUGCAUCCCAUGACCUCCAGUAUAGCGCUUUAUGGUUGUGUUAGUGAACGCCGAAUGUGUACCUGCCAGCAGAGACUUUAAAUCUGUUAUUGUUCCCAGUGUUACUCACGCCUCUCUCCAAACAUCACACAUGAUAAUAUAUAUAUAUAAAAAAGAGAGAGGCGUCCUGUACCUCACCUCACUUCUGUAUUUUCCUGCUUACUUGUACAAUCCUGCCAAAAUAAAGAUAUUUAAUAAAAUCUAAUAUAUAAUAAGUUAUAUAUAUAUAUAUAUAAACAGUUGUCCUUCGUAGUGGCGUUGCUCGCUAGUUUACUACGUUCUUAGCUUUAAGUCAAAUUUUUUUGGUUUCUGUCAAAGCUCGGUGUGACAAUAAAGCUUUUUUCAUGUGCUCUGA